AUGAUUAUAAAAGAAGCUGACAAAGGGAGUUCUAUAGUUAUCAUGGAUUCAGAAAAAUACAUAAACACUACCCUAACCCUCCUUCAAGACAAUACCUACUAUGAAAAAAUCAACAACUACAGUCAAUCCAAGAUAAAGACCAAGCUGUCUACCCUUAUCCAACAAUUCCAACAAGGUUUAACACAAAAGGAGACAGAUUACUUGACUAGAUUUGACUGCAAAACCAGUAACUUCUAUGGACUUCCCAAAAUCCACAGAAGUGAGGCCAUAAACGAAGCCUGUAACAAGUCAACCUCUAUAGUCAUAAAUAUUCCACACCCGAGAGAUCUCAAAAUGAGACCAAUUGUGGCCGGUCCCUCUUGUGAGAUACACAGAUUCAGUAAUUUUAUUGACGUCCUCCUCAAACUUAUUCUCCAACAUAUACCAAGCAUUAUAUGGGAUGAUCUGGACUUUUUAAACCAUCUCCUGAACAAAACCAGCAAAGACUCCCUCCUAGUUUCAUUUGAUGUAAUAAACCUCUACACCUCAAUUCUUCAUGAAUACGGAAUAAUAGCCAUACAAUACUGGCUCGAAAAAUUCCCAAAUGACAUUCUUGACAGAAUCGGAAAAGAAUUCAUCAUUGAAGGAAUAAGGUUCAUUCUACAGAACAACUUCUUUAAUUUCAACGAAAACACUUAUAGACAAAAAUCGAGCACAGCGAUGGGAACGAGGGUAGCACCUACUUUUGCCAACCUUGUCAUGACAUACUUGGAAGUCCAAAUAUAUGAACACACCAGAUUGAAAUUUGGGGAAAACUUCCAAAAAUACUUACUUACCAACUGGAAAUGCUACCUGGAUGACUGUUUCAUCCUUUGGCCACAUAACAUUGAACAACUUACAAAAUUUAAAAACUUAAUCAACAGCAUUAACCACAGUAUACAAUUCACUAUGGAAUACAACCACCAACAACUACCCUUCCUGGACAUCUUAAUAAUAAAGAGAGAUACUGAGAUUGAAGCCGACGUCUUCUUCAAACCAACAGACUCAAAACAAUAUCUUCUAUUCUCCUCUUGCCACCCAAAACAUACUAAAAUAAAUAUACCGUUCAACUUAGCAAGAAGAAUUUGCACGAUUGCAUCAAAUUCCAAAACCCGAGAAAAGCAACUCCAAGAACUUAAAACCUCAAUACUAGAUAGAAAAUACCCGGUCAGUCUAAUCAAAAGUGGAAUAGAACAUGCAAAAAUGAUUAGACAUCCAAGAGUUACAGAAAACAAGAAAACACUGACACACUUAAAACUCUAUCUUGCAUAUCAACACACAAUCCAAGAAAGAAGGAAGCAUACAACAUCAUCCACCAAAACAUGCCCCUCCUUAUGA